UGAAAAAGCCAACUUUAUUGUUCCUCAGCCCCACCUCCCGGCGCGGCGCGCGGCCUCAGGAUGCACUGAGGCUGAGCGGAGGGAGGCGGCGGCGGGUCGCGGUCCCUCUUCUCUGAGCGCCCGGCCGGAGGUGGGGGGGAGUCACGAUGUCUGGGAGCCGCCAGGCCGGGUCGGGCUCCGCCGGGACCAGCCCUGGCUCCUCGGCGGCCUCCUCGGUGACUUCCGCCUCCUCGUCCUUGUCCUCUUCCCCGUCGCCCCCUUCCGCGGCGGCCGCGGCGGCGGCGUCCGGCGGGGCGGCCCAGGCCGCGGGCUCGGGCGGCCUCGGGGGCCCGGCGCGGCCUGUGCUGGUGGCGGCCGCCGUGUCCGGCAGCGGCGGCGGGGCGGUGUCCGCCGGCCAGUCUCGGCUCAGCUGCGCGGCCAGGCCCAGCGCCGGCGUAGGAGGGAGCAGCUCCAGCCUCGGCAGCGGCAGCAGGAAGCGACCUCUGCUUCCCCCGCUGUGCAACGGGCUCAUCAACUCCUACGAGGACAAAAGCAACGACUUCGUGUGCCCUAUCUGCUUUGAUAUGAUUGAGGAAGCAUACAUGACGAAAUGUGGCCACAGCUUUUGCUACAAGUGUAUUCAUCAGAGUUUGGAGGAUAAUAAUAGAUGUCCCAAGUGUAACUAUGUUGUGGAUAAUAUUGACCAUCUGUAUCCUAAUUUCUUGGUGAAUGAGCUCAUUCUCAAACAGAACCAAAGAUUUGAGGAAAAGAGGUUCAAAUUGGACCACUCAGUGAGUAGUACCAAUGGCCACAGGUGGCAAAUAUUUCAGGAUUUGUUGGGAACUGACCAAGAUAACCUUGAUUUGGCUAAUGUCAACCUCAUGUUGGAAUUACUAGUGCAGAAGAAGAAACAGCUGGAAGCAGAAUCACAUGCAGCCCAACUACAGAUCCUUAUGGAAUUCCUCAAGGUUGCAAGAAGAAAUAAGAGAGAGCAACUGGAACAGAUCCAGAAGGAGCUGAGUGUUUUGGAAGAGGAUAUUAAAAGAGUGGAAGAAAUGAGCGGCUUGUACUCUCCUGUCAGUGAGGAUAGCACAGUGCCUCAAUUUGAAGCUCCUUCUCCAUCACACAGUAGUAUUAUUGAUUCCACAGAAUUCAACCAACCUCCUGGUUUCAGUGGCAGUUCUCAGACAAAGAAACAGCCUUGGUAUAACAGCACGUUAGCAUCAAGAAGAAAACGGCUUACUGCUCAUUUUGAAGACUUGGAACAAUGUUACUUUUCUACAAGGAUGUCUCGUAUUUCAGAUGAUAGUCGAACUGCAAGCCAGUUGGAUGAAUUUCAGGAAUGCUUGUCUAAGUUUACCCGAUAUAAUUCAGUACGACCUUUGGCUACGUUGUCCUAUGCUAGUGAUCUCUAUAAUGGUUCCAGCAUAGUCUCUAGUAUUGAAUUUGACCGGGAUUGUGACUAUUUUGCAAUUGCUGGAGUUACAAAGAAGAUUAAGGUCUAUGAAUAUGGCACAGUCAUUCAAGAUGCCGUGGAUAUUCACUACCCUGAAAAUGAAAUGACCUGCAAUUCCAAAAUCAGCUGUAUCAGUUGGAGUAGUUACCAUAAGAAUCUGUUAGCCAGCAGUGAUUAUGAAGGCACUGUCAUCCUAUGGGAUGGAUUCACAGGACAGAGGUCAAAGGUCUAUCAGGAACAUGAGAAAAGGUGUUGGAGUGUUGACUUUAAUUUGAUGGAUCCUAAACUCUUGGCUUCAGGUUCUGAUGAUGCAAAAGUGAAGCUAUGGUCUACCAACCUAGACAACUCAGUGGCAAGCAUUGAGGCGAAGGCUAACGUGUGCUGUGUUAAAUUCAGCCCCUCUUCUAGAUACCAUUUGGCUUUCGGCUGUGCAGAUCACUGUGUCCACUACUAUGAUCUUCGUAACACUAAACAGCCAAUCAUGGUAUUCAAAGGACACCGAAAAGCAGUGUCUUAUGCAAAGUUUGUGAGUGGUGAGGAAAUUGUCUCUGCCUCAACAGACAGCCAACUAAAACUGUGGAAUGUAGGGAAACCAUACUGUCUACGUUCCUUCAAGGGUCACAUCAAUGAAAAAAACUUCGUAGGCCUCGCUUCCAAUGGCGACUAUAUAGCUUGUGGAAGCGAGAACAACUCUCUUUACCUGUACUAUAAAGGACUUUCUAAGACUUUGCUAACUUUUAAGUUUGAUACGGUCAAAAGUGUUCUGGAUAAAGACCGAAAAGAAGAUGAUACCAAUGAAUUUGUUAGUGCUGUGUGCUGGAGGGCAUUGCCAGAUGGGCUGGAUGAUUUAUAACACUUUAGAAAAUUUUCCUGACUGGAAGAGGGCCAAUGUGAAUGAACUCUUGUCUUGGGCGUGGAAGGAAAGAAGAUUCUGAGCGUGGACCCUGACUUCCAGGAAGACUGUGGCUCACAUCUCCUAAGUGCUCCACUCUUCCCUUAGUGUCCAGACUAGAGUGGGGUGGGAAAGUAGAAAAGAGAGGAAUCAAGAAGGUGGUGGAAAACUGAAGCAAAGCUGUAAUUUAUUUAUUCUCUAAGUAAAUUUCAUUAAGUGUAAAUAUUCCUUAACCUUAAUGUCCACUACUGUAUGGACAGCUUCUGUGAAAACAUUUGUUGCAUUAGGUAUUUUACGGUGAAUAUUGUAAUGCAGUCAACAAAAUAUCAUUUAGCAGGUCUGCUAAUCAACAUUUUAAAUAUAUCAUUAUUGUUAAUUUUUAUGUACUGUAAUGGAAUUUGACCUACAUUAGAAUGGUUUUUACAAUUUUUCUCAUUAAACAAUUUUUUUGAAAUAGUGUUUGUCCUUCUAAAGUAUGCCAAUUUUGAAACAUAGAAUUGACAGAAAUCUUUAAGCUACUUGGUUUUUUUUGUUUGUUUUACCUUGUAUAAGAGAAAAAAAAUAUUAAUUUGAGAGUGCAUUCUGAAUUAUGCCAUUAACCUAUAAAUUAAAACCUAUAAUUUAAAAAAUAAAAGGGGUGCCUGGGUGGCUCAGUUGGUUGAGCAUAUGACUUUGGCUCAGGUCGUGAUCUCACAGUUUGUAAGUUCGAGCCCUCCAUCUGGCUCGGUGCUGUCAGCACAGAGCCUGCUUCGGAUCCUCUGCCCCCCCACCCCCAACCCCUCCCCUGCUCACGCUCUCUCAAAAAUAAAUAAACAUGAAAAAAUAUGUAUAUGAAUAAUUUUUUCAGUAAUACCCCACCACACUUAAAAUUGUCUAAAAUAUUUUGAGAUGGGAAGAGAUUAACUUUGGUUUCUAAGUGUUUAUCUUUGGAUAGUUCCUACCAAAUUUCUAUAUUAGAAGUAGUAGAAGGCCAGAGAGUGAAUAUUGAAUAUCAUUUCCUUGACUUAAAAGUUUUUAAUGAACACUACUUAAGUUGGUUUUAUAUGCUAAAAUGUAUGUAUGAAAUACCAUGAUUAUUUAUUUUCUAGUUGAAUAUUUUACUUAGUUAUUACUCAAAGCAGAAUGAGCCAAGGACAGGAAUCGUUUAAGAGAAAAGUGUUUCCUGCUAAUUCAAACUUGCAUACUAUCUGAGGAAAAGAAAUAUAUGCUUGUAUUUUACUUCUCUAGUCUCACAUUAAUUCCUGUUGUUCUCAUGACAGCUCUCUGUUGAUGUGAUCACUCCAGGGUUUUGUGCGUUUCAGAUCUCCCUUAUUUCCACUAUUUCUUAAAUCCCAUUUUAUGUAUUUUUUUCAAAUAAACUAUCAGAAGUUGGCGUUGGUAUUUCCGGGAUGGGAGAAAGUUAUUACUGCUGAACAUAGAAAUAAUUUGAUUAUAUAGAUUAAAGAAAAGUCAAUCUAUUAUAAUUACUGUAAAGAAGCUAUUUCAUUUUGGGGCUAUGUUUAUUAGUCUUGUUUUACUCUAGAUAAGAUGAACUUGGAUAAAAGAUUCUU